AUGGGACUGAUGAAAAAGCACCCUUCGAUUGUCCCCUUCAUGGUAUACAUCGCCAACGAGGAGAAACACUUGGAACGGUUUGCAGUCCGAGCCAAGUACAUGACCUUGGACCCAGAGAAGAAUAAGUAUGUAAAAUAUAUACGUAACAUCAGAACAAUACAGGAUUAUCUAUGUAAACGAGCUGACAAACAUCUCGUUCCUAAGAUAAACAACACAAAUGUUGACAAGAGUGUGGCUACAAUUCACGCGACGGUCUUUGGUUGCCUGCGUAGACGUGAAACAGGAGACAAGCUCUACGAUAUAACCACAAACACCGUUUCUGUUAUCGACGACGAGCACAGAAACCAAUGUGCAGCCAAUUCAUUAAGUUCAAAGGGAAUGUUUCAGGUGAUCCAAAGACAAGGCUCCUCUAGGCGUUUUAUGGCUCUUUGCAAUACUGAUGGUACUGUAGCAAAAACUUGGCCUGUUGGUUCUCUUGAUAAGAUCAGGAAGCCCGUCGUCGAUACUGAGACAGAGGGUAGAUCAGAGCAUCAGCUACAUAAAGUUGAACCAGUGAAUCUUCAGUUUGGUCACUUUGGGAUCAGCGCAUGGCCCAGUGAUGGCGCAACUAGCCAUGCCGGGAGUGUGGAUGAGUCAAGAGCAGAUUUAAUUGAAACCGGCAGCAGGCAUUACUCUUCUUGCUGCAGUUCGCCACGGAUAUCUGAUGGGCCUUCGAAAGAGGUUGUUUACCAUGUCCUCCAUGCAGCUGAAGGAGGACCA